AUGGCGCACUCCUUCCUCUCCGAGCGUCUUGUCGGGAACAUAGGUAACCGACCUUGUGUGCCACCGGAGACGCCCUCGAGGCGACCAAUUAGGAAGACGGACGCCUCCCCCGGGACUAAGGAGGUCAACCGUGCGCCACUGCGGUAUAUCAGUGGGAUAGAACUCAUCUUCGAGAAAGGGUCCCUGACGCAGCCCGGCAAGCCAAUCAAUGAUGCGGCCGGUGCAGUUCAACUAGCCAACAUGCGAAGGUUCCUUGGUGCAGGUGGACCAUUCUAG